CCAGGGGCCAGGGUGUGGUGGUGGUGGUGGUGGUGGCAGCAAGGGCCACUGAGGAUAGCGGUGGGACAGUCAACCACAGCUUCAGCUUCCCAAAGGACAGGCUCAGCAUCACGCUGAACAAUGACUCAUUUACAAGCUGGCCUCUCUCCUGAGACCCUGGAGAAAGCUCGUUUGGAGCUCAAUGAGAACCCAGACACCCUGCACCAGGAUAUCCAGGAGGUGAGGGACAUGGUCAUCACCCGGCCAGACAUUGGCUUUCUGCGCACCGACGACGCCUUCAUCUUACGAUUCUUGCGCGCCAGGAAGUUUCAUCACUUCGAGGCCUUCCGCCUCCUGGCCCAGUACUUUGAGUACCGACAACAGAACCUGGACAUGUUCAAAAGCUUCAAGGCCACUGACCCAGGCAUCAAGCAGGCGCUGAAGGAUGGCUUUCCUGGGGGCCUGGCCAAUCUGGACCACUACGGCAGGAAGAUUCUAGUCCUUUUUGCUGCUAACUGGGAUCAGAGCAGGUACACACUGGUGGAUAUUUUGCGUGCCAUCUUACUCUCUCUAGAAGCCAUGAUUGAAGAUCCUGAGCUUCAAGUCAAUGGAUUUGUUUUAAUUAUAGACUGGAGUAACUUCACCUUCAAGCAAGCCUCUAAACUGACACCAAGCAUGCUGAGAUUAGCAAUUGAAGGCCUUCAGGACAGCUUUCCAGCUCGAUUUGGAGGAAUUCAUUUUGUCAAUCAACCAUGGUAUAUCCAUGCUCUGUACACUGUGAUUCGGCCUUUUCUAAAGGAGAAGACGCGGAAGAGGAUAUUUUUACAUGGAAACAACCUGAACAGUCUUCACCAACUGAUUCAUCCCGAGAUUCUUCCCUCUGAGUUUGGAGGAAUGCUGCCCCCGUAUGAUAUGGGAACGUGGGCAAGAACACUGCUAGACCAUGAGUAUGAUGACGACAGUGAAUAUAAUGUGGACUCCUACAGUGUGCCAGUGAAGGAAGUGGAAAAGGAACUCUCCCCAAAGGCCAUGAAAAGAUCUCAAUCGGUAGUGGAUCCAACAGUACUGAAACACAUGGAUAAAAAUGAGGAGGAAAACAUGCAGCCUUUGCUCUCUCUGGACUGACAGCUCCUGGACAUCGCUCCUGUGGAUUACCAGUGGAAGGUACUGGUUUUCAGCAAUAGGGACGGCACUCUGGAGGAAUUGUCAGCUGGGGGCUCCUUUAUUGAAGUUAAUGUAGCAUAGUACAUGAUAAAGAACCAGGCCUCUCCAUUUCCCUGAACCGUGGGUGUCCCAGGCUAGAAAAAAAAAACUCAAUAAUUUAUUCUGUAAGUGCCAAGUUCUUUGUAAAUAUUAUGCAUUCUUUAUGUCAAGUUUGUAAAUUUUGGUAAUAAUUUAAUUGAAAAUUAAUGACUCCUAAAUCAGUGCCAGUGAUACAAGCUGAGACAAAUAACAGAAAAAAAAAACCCAACUAAAUGGUUGUAAUGCAUUGAGUGUAGUCCUGUUUCCUCUGAAGCCAUAUUUCAGAUAUGAUAGUGACCAUUUCAAUGUUUUUAUUUUUUUUUUUCUGAAACUGUUCAUAUA